AUGAAAUGGCCCUGCGCCGCGCUGGCGCUGCUGCCUGCCUUUAAGGCUGAAGCCGAUGAUGUCGUGAGCCUCGCUUUCGAGGUCAGAGGCAAGGCCGUGCCCAUCUCCUGGAAGCCCACCGUGGAGAAUGCCCUGACGGCGGCACGAAGGUUUGCCGCAGAACAUGACCUUCCAGAGCAUACUCUCAGCGCCUGGGCAGUAGCCGAGGAGAUCGGCCUGAAACGUGCUUGGGCCGCUGCAAAGCAUCGGGAGUCGCCCGAAGUGAUGCAGAUGCCUGUGCUUGCUUCGAGCCAGACACGAGCUCCCGACCAGCCAACAGGGCGGUCCGUGAUUUCCCUUUAUUUGGGCCACGACUCGAGUAUCGCUGUCAGUCAAAACGGCCGGAUCCAGUGUAUUCUCGAGUUGGAGCGACUAUUCGACAUCAGAUAUUACCGUCCCAACAUCACCCUCUCACCUGACCGCUAUCAGACUGAGUGGCACAAGGCGCUUCGUGCCGUGCAGAGACACUGCGAAUAUGAGGAUGGGACUUUUCCAGCGCACUUCAAUGACGGCGUUAUCGUUUUUGCUGGGGAGUUCGAGUGUUACCAACUUUGGCUGCGAGGCGUUGUGGGCAUGAUCUUCACCGUAGAGCAGUGGCACAUGGUCGAUCAUCAUGAAUCACAUGCGCUACUGGGCUACUACGCCUCUCCAUUCCAUUCCACCCCUUCUCGGACAACCCUCAUUUUAUCUUAUGACUCUGCUGGCAAUGAUGGGUCCUUCAACGUGUAUUUGGCAUCGAUGGGAAAAUUUGAGCGCAUUGCGCAGCUGGGGUAUUCCCUCGGCAAUGCAUAUGACGUAGCUGGCGUCCUUAUGCCUGAAGUGUCAGGCCAUCCCCUGUCAGACUUCGUGAACUGCAGCGACCCUGACGUACUGAAUGCAUCGUCGGGAUCGAAGCUUGUGCGGAUAGGUGCCUAUCACGAGAAGGCAGUUGAGAAGCUAAGUUGGCCAGGCAAGAUGAUGGGCUACUCAGCUGUCGGCACUGCGAGGGACGAGCUGCGCGAGUCUAUGCGCUUUCUUAUGGAGGAAUGCAGGUCCUUCAUCCCAGGCGCGAUGGCUCUGCCCACUUUGAUGGUACGGGCUGCCUGCGAGUCACUGGAGGGGCAACGUGCCGUCGCUGCGACGAUGCAGUCGGAGUUCGAGCAUUUCGUGCUGAGCCGCCUGGAGGCCUUCCUGCGUUUUUUGGGGCCUGGGAAGGUCGACAGCAUCGUUCUUAGUGGUGGUUGCGCCCUCAACGUGCUCACAAACCAGGUCGUUUACGACACACUGUCAUCGGCCAAACCUGGUGGUGAGAAAGGCCGCGACCCAGACUUCUUUGUUCCAAUGGCGCCCAACGACAGCGGACUCACUGUGGGCGGUCUCUGGUCCGUGGCACCACCGAGUGGACAGCAGAACCUGCAGUAUCUUGGCUUUCCGCUCUGGGACCGCCAUCUGCUGCUGGAGUUAGCUCGGAGCCACGGGGCCAGGCGCCUUUCGAAGCUUGGUGGCGUCGAGUACCUCGCGGAGCUGCUCGCAGGGGGCCCGGCGUGGCAGAGGCAUCCCAAUCGGACCGCUGACAAGCCCAUCAUUGCAGUGGUCCGCGGCCGCCAGGAAUUUGGGCCGCGGGCGCUGGGCCACCGGUCCCUGCUGGCGGUGCCAGACUCCCAGGAGAUGCGUGAUCGGAUGAACCGGCUCAAAGCCCGGGCCUGGUAUCGGCCGGUUGCGCCCAUGGUGGCGGAAGAGGCCAUGGAGCAGGUGUUUGGUCGGCCGGUGCGUUCGCCAUACAUGACGAUGGCGCCGCAGGUUUUGCCUGAGAUCCAGAACCGCUUCCCCGCCUUGGCACACCUGGACGGCACUGCCAGGCACCAAUCUGUGAGCGAGCACGAUGAGCCCUGGGUUCAUGCCCUUCUGAUGGCGGUAGGCCGGCUGACGGGCCUAGCAGCCCUCAUCAACACGAGCUUCAAUUCCAAGGGCAAGCCCAUCGUGAACCGCGUGAGAGACUGCCUGAAGAUGCUGAAUGAGCUGCCAGAUUUAGAUUUCGUCUUGAUCGAGGAUUACCUCUUUCGCAAGAGGACACCUCGGACUACGAGGACUUGA